AUGGAAAGCGACUGUUCACGAAAUUCGGAGGAAAAUCUAGCUAUGAUCGAUGGAUCUGAUAUAGAAAGAAGGUUCCUUGAGGAGAAGGCGGAAAUUGUUCGAGGAUUUCUGCAGGAGAGAGAGAUUGUUGAUCGCGCCCACGAAGACGAGAAAAAUGAUAUGCGUUUAGCUUUUGAAGUGGAAAAGGAAAACAUGAGAAAAGCCUUUGAAUGCGAGAAAGAAGAAAUGCGACAGAAUUUCUUAAAAGAGAAAGACAACAUCCGCUUGGAAUUUCAGGAAUCGAGACAUGUUUUGAAGUUGUCUUUCGAAGACGAGGAAUCUGCAUUGAUAAAAUCAUGGGAUCGUGAAAAACAGACUCUUCUUGACAAUUACAUCAAAGAGAAGAAGGAAUUAAGAGCGCAAUUAGAGCGACUUUUCAGGGAGAAAGAGGAAGGGUUUAAAGCCGAAAAGGCUGAAAUGGAAGCGAAGAUUCGCAAAGAGCUGGAGGGAAUCGAGGAAGUAAAAAAUGAGCUGAGGCGGACAUUGUCGCAGGGCUUGGGCGAUCUGGAGAAUGUUUACUUCGAGGAGAACGCGUACCUCGAGACCCUCUAUAAUCACGAGCAACCAGAGGUUGAUAUGCACUUUAAAAGUAUAUCAGAUGCCGAAAUGAGCCUGGAUAAAGAGGAGCUGUUGAAAUCGCUCAAACAAGAGAAGACCAAAAUGCAUUCUCACUACGCCAAUAAGCACAAGCUAGUUGAGCACCAGUUCGCGUUGGAAAUCGUUGACAUGGGACAGAGGUUCAAACAGCAAAAGAACGAUUUAAUGAACAUUUUUAGAAGAGAAAAGUCGGACAUGGAAAAGGGCUUUAUUAAAGAAAAGGAAGACAUCAGACGUAAAUUCGAGGUGGAAUUUCGCAGAAUGCUUCAACAACAGAGGUUGAAAUUCGAGUCGGAAAUACAAGGUUACGAGCACGACAUCUCUGUUUUGAAAUAUCAAAAAGAACAGCUGGAAAAGGGGUGUUACGAAAACUAAGACCCUCGAAAACGAAGACCUAAGACCUAAGACCCGUCUUAGUUUUCGAGAUUACGAAAACUAAGACCCCCUAAAAUCGAAUCCGUCGAAAUAUAAAGUCAAAUUGUAACCGAAAUAGGUCUGAUCUGUCAAAUUAUAUCAUGUUCGAUCCUUUCCACCGAGUUUUAGGUCAAAUUUAACGGUAAAUUUAGGGGUCUUAGUUUUCGUAAUUACGAAAACCAAGACCCCCACCAAAACAAUCUCUAAAGUUUCUACACAGUCGAAUUACGACCGUUUGAAGACUAUAAUCCGUAAGACAAACAAAAAUUACUAUCACACGCGUGCUAGACGAUCCGCUUCUGCUCACAAUUUGCAGACAUACAUUAUCAAUAUUGUAGCCUCCCACGCAGGCGUUUUUAGGGGAGCUCGUAUUUCUAUAUUGUGGCUUUAAGAAGAGGAUGAAAGCUAUAGACUACCUACGUAUAAUUGUACACUGAAAAUAUACCUUACCUCCAUAAUUUUGGUUGUUUAUCCUUAAAGUCAUAAGAUUGGUUUUCCUGGAGAUGGAUUUUUGACUUUGUUGCGGGCUGACAUGUCGCUGCGACCUGAAUGCCUGAUCGCUGAGUGGUCAUCGGCGUUAUCGGUUAAAUAUCGCACAAAAAUACGGUUUUUUUUUCUUUUCUGGCCAGGUCAUAGAUAGAAAAGUGCUUUAAUAAAAAGGGCGAAAAAAGGAGAAUAUGCUACAUUGCGUUUUUCUAGCGCUUGUUUUUAUCGUUGCCACCCCGGAGAUCACCGGGUUACAAUGCAAAGGUAGGGGGGGGUAAGGAGAAAUAGUCUGUGAGGGAUAAUCGCUAAAAUCACUCAUGAAAUAAUAAAAGAAAAACGAAUGAGUGAAUGAAUUUCCUGUACUAACAAAGUAUCGUCUCGAGAAUUGGAGUUCUAAUUUCAGAACAAUAAAAUAAACAAACAAUCAAUACAAAGUGAAGAUUGCGUGACAGUAGGUUGCCAGAGGUCAGGAUUCCCGGGGUAAUAAUUUUCGGCGGGAAAAUUGAUCACAUGAGUUCUUGCUCGUGGCGGCGUGUUCGAUCGGGAUCUCCUCGAUCGAAAAUGUCCCUUUUCCGAAAAUUUCAUCUUCCUAAGCUGACCCGAGUACCCCUUUGUACCCGCCCCCUACCCGCGGUAUCCUUGGUUUUUAACGGGCAAAUAAAAAAUAACAUCGACUCACGCGAGAGGUUUUGUGACCACACGAGACCACAGGCAGCCCAAGCGCACUAUUUGUGGGUUCGGGCUUCAGAGGUCAUUUGGACGGAAUAUACUAGCAUUAUUAGUUUAUUAUCUGAUGCCAAAUAAAUGCAAAAAGUCUUAAAGAUAUGAAGUCUUCUUGUUUGUCUAUCGGUACUAGUAGCCUUUAAGAUAACGAAAAUCGAUAUUUCUUGCAUUAUUACAUGUGAUUCGGGCCCUUAUUGAUCGAAUUUUAUCACAUGUAUUCGAAUCUACAACGCUAAGGGAAAAAAAAUCAUGAUCACGCGAAAUAUUGAUUCAAAAAGCUCCCUUACCUUUCGUUCAUAGCCACUCUGUGUCCUACGGCUGGUUUAAACGCCGUUUAGUCGACUUUCUUUCCAUCGAGUACUGAACACUAUUUCAGUACUCGAUGGAAAGAAAGUCGACUAAACGGCGUUUAAACCAGCCGUAGGACACAGAGUGGCUAUGAACGAAAGGUAAGGGAGCUUUUUGAAUCAAUAUUUCGCGUGAUCAUGAUUUUUUUUCCCUUAGCGUUGUAGAUUCGAAUACAUGUGAUAAAAUUCGAUCAAUAAGGGCCCGAAUCACAUGUAAUAAUGCAAGAAAUAUCGAUUUUCGUUCAUCUUAAAGGCUACUAGUACCGAUAGACAAACAAGAAGACUUCAUAUCUUUAAGACUUUUUGCAUUUAUUUGGCAUCAGAUAAUACACUAAUAAUGCUAGUAUAUUCUGACCAAAUGACCUCUGAAGCCCGAACCCACAAAUAGUGCGCUUGGGCUGCCUGUGACGAGACUAGCAAUUCCCUCCCCCGCUCCCCUCCCCGCGCUCCCCGCUUGUCCACGACAAGCGGUGGACACAAACCCCCUCAGGUGAUAGUCACAGGUAAUGCAAUCUCGAUCGCAGAGACACGAAGAAAAACAUCCAUCUCCAGUGGAAAGCCAAUUUCAUGAUUUAAAGGAUAAACAACAAAAUUAAAGACCAACAGGGGUAAGGCAUAUUUUCAGUGUACAAUAGAUCUGUAGGAAGUCUAUCGCUUUGGUCCUCUUUUUUAAGCGAGUCUUCAAAUUGUUAGCGGAUCGUAGAUCAGCACGUGUGUGAUAGUAAUUUUUGUUUGUCUUACGGAUUAUAGUCUUCAAACGGUCGUAAUUCGACUUUGUAGAAACUUUAGAGAUUGUUUUGGUGGGGGUCUUAGUUUUCGUAAUUACGAAAACCAAGAGGGGUCUUAGUUUUCGUAAUUACGAAAACUAAGACCCCUAAAUUUACCGUUAAAUUUGACCUAAAACUCGGUGGAAAGGAUCGAACAUGAUAUAAUUUGACAGAUCAGACCUAUUUCGGUUACAGUUUGACUUUAUAUUUCGACGGAUUCGAUUUUAGGGGGUCUUAGUUUUCGUAAUCUCGAAAACUAAGACGGGUCUUAGGUCUUAGGUCUUCGUUUUCGAGGGUCUUAGUUUUCGUAACACCCGCUGGAAAAGUGCUUUUCCUUAGAAAUGCGAACAUUGAAAUUAAAAUUCGACCACGAGAAGCUUGAAAUUGAGAACAGGUUUAAAAACGAGAAGAAUGACCUUAAGAGGGUUUUGAAAGGGCAAUACGAGAGAAAGCUGAGUGGGGAUAAACUCCGGCUUGAAUGGCUACUAGAUCAGUUUCGCCUUGGAAGAACAGCAAGCACCGAUCAAAUGGACUCUAAUGGUUCGGCGCUCAGCACAAGUUCUAUUUAUUCCGAUUAA